AAGCAUAGGGCACCCGGGGGGCGGUCCAGAGUGUGCACCGCCUACACGCCGGUCCGGCCGCUGCCCUCGCUUCCGUCCCGCCCGCGCCAUGCUGUCCCUGGACUUCUUGGACGAUGUGCGGCGGAUGAACAAGCGGCAGCUAUAUUAUCAAGUCCUCAACUUUGGGAUGAUUGUCUCUUCAGCUUUAAUGAUCUGGAAAGGACUCAUGGUAGUAACUGGAAGUGAAAGCCCAAUUGUAGUGGUGCUCAGUGGAAGCAUGGAACCUGCAUUUCACAGAGGAGACCUUCUCUUUUUAACCAAUCGAAUUGAAGAUCCUAUAAGAGUAGGAGAGAUUGUUGUCUUUAAGAUAGAAGGAAGGGAAAUUCCAAUUGUUCACCGGGUCUUGAAAAUUCAUGAAAGGCAAGAUGGACAUGUCAAGUUUUUGACCAAAGGAGACAAUAAUGCUGUUGAUGAUCGAGGGCUAUAUAAGCAAGGGCAGCUCUGGCUAGAGAAGAAGGACGUAGUAGGAAGAGCAAGAGGGUUUGUUCCAUAUAUUGGAAUUGUGACGAUUCUCAUGAAUGACUAUCCUAAAUUUAAGUAUGCAGUCCUCUUUUUACUGGGUUUAUUUGUGCUGGUCCAUCGGGAGUAAGAUGUUUGCCUUAUAGCUCCUGAGGAAGAUACUGUGCUUUUUGUUACAAAAUGUUUGGAGUAGAUCCUGAUCUGUGAAAAGUGGAAGCAAAAAAUGCAGAUUUCAAUGCUUCUUGGUCGCAUCAAUUUGAAUUAGUUUAUGUUUCCACUGCAGAGUGAGGGUGACUGUGUGGGUGGGUGAGUGUUGUGCCUAUGUGCACACACAUAGGGAAUUUCAGCCACAGGUUUUCAUAUGUUCGUGUCACAUUUUAGCGUUUUUGUACAUCGGUGAAUUUUUUUAUAUUAAAAGGUUGAGCCAAAGCCCUCAGUGUUUGUAUUUUGAAGCUAAGCUUCACUUCUAAAGUGCCUAAAGAACUCUGUAAAUAAUGCUAUAGCUCUGGAUGAGUUUGAAACUGCCAUUCCUCUUGAUAAUAGGGAUGGUAUAUAUUGAGGUCAUCAUAAGUCUUAACUUUACAAAACUUUAAAUAAAAGACUUUGCACAUUGAACCCCUUA